AUGUCGACAGACUCAGAUUACGAUGUCCUGGAGAAGAUUGGCCAAGGCUCCUUCGGUGUCAUCCGCAAGGUCCGGCGCAAGGCAGAUGGCGAAGUCAUAUGCCGCAAAGAGAUCUCAUACACGCGCAUGUCCGACCGCGAGAAAGAACAACUACAUGCAGAGCUACGGAUUCUCGAAUCACUACGACAUCCCAACAUCGUGCAGUACUACCACCGUCAGCACCUUAAGAGCUCGCAUGACCUCCACCUGUACAUGGAAUACUGCGGCAAUGGCGAUCUAGGAGGAUACAUUCGGAAGCUGAAGGACAGGAAACAGCAUGCAGACGAGGACUUCAUCUGGAGGAUAUUCGCACAACUGGUCGACGCUCUGUACAGAUGUCACUAUGGCGAGAACCCACCGGCACCAGGCAAGGAGCACAAUGCAAGAGACGGCAAAUCGCUCGUGAGCAAGCAAGGCCACACCGUCAUCCUGCACCGCGAUCUCAAGCCGGAGAAUGUCUUCCUCGGCGACAACAACAGCGUCAAGCUAGGCGACUUCGGCCUCUCGAAGAUAAUAGCUUCCCACGACUUCGCGAGCACAUAUGUCGGAACCCCCUUCUACAUGAGCCCUGAGAUCUGCGCUGCCGAGCGAUACUCGCACUAUUCCGACAUCUGGUCACUCGGGUGUAUCAUCUACGAGCUUGCCACCCGACAAGUGCCUUUCGAGGCUCGCUCCCACAUGGAACUCGUCAUGAAGAUCAAGCAAGGUCGAAUCAAGCCGCUGCCACCUGGGUACAGCAAGGAGCUUAGCGAUGCCAUCCAGUCCUGCCUGCGAACGGACCCGAGACAACGACCUGAUUGCUCACAGUUGCUGAGCGUACCGAACAUCAAGGUCGCUCGUACGAGAUUGGAGACCGCUACGGCGCUCGGCCAGUACGAAAAGGUCCAGACCGAGCGUGACUCGGCGCUCAACAAGCUUGCAGCCGCGCACAAGCAGAUCCAGGAACUACAGGCAGAGGUUACCAAGUUAAGAGAAUCGAACAAGAAGGUCGAGAUGGAGUGGCACGCCCGGGCAACACUGGCUAUCGAUCAGAAAGUCCACGAAGCAUCAGAAAAGCACAAGCAGGAACUACUCACACAGUUUAACAAGGCUGUUGAUCAACGGGCGGAGGAGAAACUCAACUCUCAUCUUGCGUCGUUGCCGUCCAGUCACCACAACUCCACCAACGGCUCAGAUGGCUCGGCACAUGUGCGGUCAAGUACACCGCCACCGAGCAGGAGUGCUGUUGCGUCCUUCGAGACAUUCAUCAGAACAAUACCGGACACAGAUGCUUCGUCACUGCCAGACGUCCUCGAGGACUCUGUGCUCGAUACCGAUCUGACUGCUCUGUCACUCAACGAUCCGACCCCAGACCCAGAAGAAGAGGAGGACAAGAUCUCACCACUUGCACGGCGCACUGCAAAGCUUCCUCCACCGAAGAGGGCAACAAGAAAGCCUUUGUCUCGCGCGAAGACAGCCACAGGGCUUACCAACUUCCGCGAUGAGACCAAGGACUCUCCAAUGGAUGUGCACAUGGCGGACCCAAGCCCAAUGCCCACUGGUCGGUUCGUUGGACUGGGUUUAUCUCCUCGCCGAGCCGCACCUGGUCAAGACCUGUCGCCUCGUCGAAACGCACCUGCCAUCCCGCCGCUCAAGCGCAACAUCUUUAGCCAGGCGGCUGAGAAGGAAAACCGUGCACCUAGCAGCAGAGGCAUUCCUCGAGGACGGACCUUGGUGGAGUUGUCGUCGCAGUCACCAGCGAAAUGGAAUCCAAUGAUGCACGGCGAGGACAUGCCCAGUCCUUUCAUCAAGAAGCGCUAG